CUUCCUCGGCCACGAUUAUUGAGUUAGUCCAAUUUUUAAGUUCAAUAGAAUCGCACCGAGUAUGUGUGCAACACGAUCGGUCAGUUCGUCUAUUUUGCCAUCGGCGACUGCAAAGGAUUUUUUUCAGUGACUCAAGCAAAUGUGAGAAGAGAAAAAAAACGAACAUUUUUUUUUUGGUGUGAAUAUGGAAAGACUUGAAAACGAGAUGAAUAAUGAUUUUACAAACCGCAUCCAUCAUUAUUGUUUAAAACAGUAGUCAAUUUUGUGUUUUUUUUCCUGUCGGCAUUCACAAUUGAACGGAACAAAACAAAGGAAAACAAAUGAUUUGAACGAAAAAAAAACAAAACAACCCGAACCGAACCGAUACAGUGUGAAGAGUCGCAUAAAGAGAUUUUCAAAAGUGAUUUUUUUGCUGUGCUUCGAGAAAAUUGUUCAACGAAAAAAAAUGGACACUUCAUAUCAAGAGUAUAUUCCAACUUAUAUGGAUUUGAUGCCGUAUCGCACAACUGUGUACAGUUCAUCGGCCGAAGAAAGUAGUUCAGUCUUUUCGAACAGUCCACCGUACGUGUCAAGUUUGCAUUCGUCAUUCAAUUCCGGCUGCUUGAAUGGUUCAUGGAUAAAUACAUCGGUGCACAGUUGCAGUGACAAUAACAACAUCUCGGGCAGUACCAACAAUAGUAGCCUCUUGAAUAGCAGCGGCCAUGACAUCAGCCUGCAAUUUCAUGAAUUUAAUGCAGAAAACUUGUACACGGCUCAGGCGAAAAAUGACUUUGACGACGAAUUAGAGCCAACACGGAAGGAAAAACGAGGACGUGGUCGCGGCCGACGAAAAGGAUCAACGAAUAAAACGGUAAAGUGUGUUACAGCCAGUCCAACGGUGAUGAAAAAACGACGUUUGGCAGCCAAUGCACGAGAACGCCGACGGAUGAAUGGAUUGAAUGAAGCAUUCGAUAAGCUACGCGAUGUGGUGCCUCCAAUGGGCGACGAACAUAAACUAUCAAAAUUCGAAACCCUCCAAAUGGCACAGACGUACAUUCGAGCAUUGGCCUCCUUAUUGGAACAUGGGGCUGAUGAGUCCACCUACACUCUUUUUGAUCAAAAGUUAACGGUUAAUAACUUUUAA